UCUGUCUAAAAACUGGCCUGACUCCUCCAUGUCCCCCCCGUGAGCUCUCGUACUUGCACAUGCCCAGCGGCGGCGCCCCGCUCGCCGUCUUCCUUGUCGCGUCCCUCAAGUCCGGCGCGCGCCUCCGCCACGGAGAGCAGCUCCACGCCCUCGCCGCCAAGUCGGGUCUGCUAGUUUCCAACCUUUUCGUCCGCAACUCCCUCCUCGCCUUCUACUCCCGCCUCCCCUCCUCGCACGCACCGGCCCUCGCUCACCACCUGUUCGACGAAAUACCCCUAGCCCUCCGCGAUGCAGCCGCCCACAACACCCUUCUCGCCGCCCUCGCCCGCGGGGGGCACCUCGACCACGCGAAGCGCAUGCUCGCAGAGAUGCCCCAGAGGGACACCGUCUCAUUUACCACCGUCCUGACCGCCCUCGCCCGUGCCGGCCACGCGGAGGACGCCAUGGCAGUUUUCCGCGGUAUGCUUGCCCAGGACGUGCCUCCGAAUGAAGUGACCCUUGCAGGCGUGAUUACAGCGUUGGCCCGUGACUGGGCGCCGGCGCCACUGGGUAUGGUGCAUGGGGUCUCCGUGCAACGUGGGCUUGACGGGUUCGUCAUUGUGGCCACCAACCUUGUUCAUGCUUAUGCAGCAGCUGCACAGGUUGGUUUCGCUCGUGCGGUGUUUGAGUGGAUGCCGGACAAGAACACAGUCACUUGGAAUGCCAUGCUUAAUGGCUAUGUGAAGGCAGGGGCGAUUGAUAUGGCUGCUGAGAUGUUUGAGAGGAUCCCGGAAAGGGAUGUGGUCUCUUGGUUGGUGAUGAUAGAUGGGUAUAUCCGUGCAGAUUGUAUAUCAGAAGCUCUCAGGACAUAUGUUGCCAUGAUGGCUGAGGUGGACACAAGGGGCAACGUGGCACUGCUGGUUGAUUUUCAAAAGGCGUGUGCUCGGCAUGCUGCUGUUUUAGAGGGGCAGCAGCUCCACACAGUCAUUCUGAAGGAUGGUUUUGAUACCCACCUGUUUGUGCAAGCAACCCUUAUACAUUUCUAUGGUUCUUGUGAUCUUCUUGACCUUGCCAAGAUGCAAUUCAAAUUAUCAGACAAGUCACACAUUGCGUCUUGGAAUGCUUUCAUGGCUGGUAUAGUACGGAAGAACCUAAUGCAUGAAGCAAGGCAGCUGUUUGAUAACAUGCCUGAGAAGGACACCAUUUCAUGGAGUACUUUGUUAUCUGGGUAUGUACAGAGUGGACAUUCAGACAUGGCUUUGCAGCUAUUCUGCUUGAUGCUGGGUGCUGGUGUUAAGCCGAACCAUAUCACCUUGGCAAGUACUCUAUCCGCAGUUGCUAAUUCUGGCACAUUGGAGCAAGGGAGAUGGAUCCAUGACUACAUAAUCAGCAAAUCAAUCCAUCUUACCGAUAACCUGAUUGCUGGGCUGAUUGAUAUGUAUGCAAAGUGUGGUAGUGUUGCUGAUGCAGUUCUGUUAUUCAAUCAUGUUAAGGAAAAGUUAUCUUCCCUCUCUCCUUGGAAUGCUAUGAUCUGUAGUUUAGCCAUCCAUGGUCAUGCACACAUGUCACUUGAACUGUUCUCACAAUUGCAAAGCUCCAAUAUUAAGCCCAACUCAAUCACUUACAUUGGUGUUUUAAAUGCAUGUUGCCAUGCUGGGAUGGUAACCGAAGGGAAGCACCAUUUUGAGUCCAUGAGGAGAGAAUAUGGCAUCCCACCAACAAUUAAGCAUUACGGUUGCAUGGUUGAUCUUCUUGGUCGAGCUGGUUACUUGGAAGAGGCAGAACGUCUUAUCAAGACAAUGCCGGUGAAAUCAGAUGUGGUGAUAUGGGGCAGCAUCCUUGCAGCUGCGAGGUCACAUGGAAAUGUAGCCUUGGGGGAGAAGGCCGCAGAAGAACUGGCAAAGCUUGAUCCUAACCAUGGAGCAUCCAAAGUAGCCUUGUGUAAUAUCUAUGCCGAUGCUGGCCGUUGGAACAACGUGUCAGUGGUGAGGAAGGAACUACGGUAUGAAAAUUUGGAGAGACUAUCUGGAAGCAGCGGAGUUGUUCAGUAAUGGGUCACGGCAUUUCUUGAUUGGGAUGACAUACUCUUAUACUGGGCGAGUAACUUCUUUUCUUUGAUCAAUUAUUCUGUUUGCUGACCAUACAGUGAUCAUUUUUUGCUCUUGUAAACUAAAAUGUCAGCAAUUGAAUAUAUUAAAAAGCUGUCAGGCAAUACAUUUACAGGCAAUAAGCUUACGGAGCAGAUUAUCAGCGCUUUGGACGAAGUGACCCAUGGUAUCAGAUGCUUGUGGUCAUCGAAAACUACAACCAGAGCAUGGAAUUUCUAGCAAUUUUGUUUAUAAAUACUAAUACGGUCAUGUAAAUCUCUAUUCUUUAUAAGAUGGUUAUAGAUACAAAAAUCCAUCUACAUGUCUGUAACCUUUGGAGCCUUGAUCCAUAGUUGAAGUUCUCUAUUGUCA